AGCGUGCUCGCCUCGAGACUGCCAGCAAAUCCAAACGUCACCGUUCUAGUUGUUGAGGCGGGAGGAGAUAACCGAGCCUAUACGGACUCAAUCGCACCCUUUUCUGCUUCCGGACUAGCCAACAGUGGAGCAGGCUGGAAAUGGACUACUAUCCCUCAGCCAGGCUUUUCCAACCGGUCCGUCGAAUUUGAACGUGGGUAUGUGUUGGGUGGAAGCAGCAGCAAUAGUGAGUGGUGCUCCUAUUCCCUUGCAUCUUGGUUAGCAGUUGAGGGGCACUAUUCCAAGAGCUCCCGAAUGGUUCCUCCAGUCAAUGGACACAACAAUUCUGAGCAACUCAUUCCCUCCGCUCAUGGGAAUGGGCCUGUUGAAGUCAGUGUUGCAGGUAAGCGAAGCAGGACUGCUGUUGCAUAUUUGAACCCUCUAAUAAUUCGAGUCGAACUAACAUAG